CACCCCAUACGUUGACCGCCCCGUCUCUCCGUCGCUCGGCUCCGACCCGGUAGGUUGACCUUCCGGUCCAUCGGCCGUCUCUUCUCUCUCUCCCCUUUUCUCUUUUCUACUCUUUCCACACAGUUAAACGAGAGGGAGAUAGAGAGGCUAGUUUAAGAUAAAACAGAGAGGUUUAUAGAAGGAUUUGGGGGUUUUUCCUCUUCUUUUUCUGCCUCUUGUGGAGGUUUGUUUUAGUGUGGUGGCAUGAUGAAUAAUUUGGGGGCUUCUGCGGCCGGGUCGAGCUCGGGAUCGGGAUCGGGGGAAGGGUCGGCGCCCAGGAGGAAUUCCAAGAGGCCCAAGUAUUCGAAAUUUACUCAGCAAGAACUCCCAGCUUGCAAACCGAUCCUUACUCCCCAAUGGGUGAUCUCGGUAUUUACACUUGUCGGCAUCAUUUUUGUCCCCAUUGGCGUUAUUUCGCUUAUGGCUUCCCAUGAUGUUGUGGAAAUUGUUGAUUGGUAUGACAGUGCAUGCAUACCACAGAACAUGACUAAUGAUAAGGUUGCAUACAUGCAGAAUGCAGCAACCGAUAAGACCUGUACCAGAACUCUUAAGGUUCUCAAGAAUAUGGAUCAGCCUAUUUAUGUGUACUAUCAACUUGAUAACUUCUAUCAGAACCAUAGGAGGUAUGUAAAGAGCCGGAAUGAUGCACAGUUGAGGUCUGCUGAUGAGGCAAGUGAGACUAGUGGUUGUGAUCCUGAAAAAACCACAGCAGAUGGUUCUCCAAUUGUUCCUUGUGGCCUCAUAGCCUGGAGCUUAUUUAAUGAUACUUACAGCUUCAAACAGGGCAAUGAAAAUGUAAUGGUGAAUAAGAAGGGCAUUUCCUGGAAGAGCGAUAGGGACCACAAGUUUGGAAAGGAUGUCUAUCCUAAGAACUUCCAGAAUGGAUCUCUAAUUGGCGGUGCAAAACUUGAUCCAAACAAAUCCUUGAGCGAGCAGGAGGACCUCAUUGUUUGGAUGCGUACCGCAGCCCUUCCAACAUUUAGAAAGUUGUAUGGGAAGAUAGAGGUGGACCUUAAAGCUAAUGAUUCUAUAACAGUGACAUUAAAGAACAAUUACAACACUUAUAGUUUCAAUGGUAAAAAGAAACUGGUGCUUUCUACCACAAGCUGGCUUGGAGGAAAGAAUGACUUCCUUGGCAUUGCAUACCUCACUGUUGGAGGAUCAUGCUUUUUUUUGGCUGCAGCAUUCACAGUGGUAUACUUGGUAAAACCAAGGAAACUUGGUGAUCCUUCAUAUUUGUCAUGGAACAGAAGUCCUCUAGGAUAUUAAUGUCUCCAAGAUUUGUGAUAUGAUCAAAUGACCUGUCUCAUAUUUUGGCAUGUAUAUUUUCGUCUACUCAGAUCUAUGGAAAUGUAUAUGAGUUGCAAUUGGCUAUGUACCUGAGGAGGGGGAUGGAUUUGUAUGGAGAGGCUAGACUUUCACUAAAUGCAUGUAUAGUUUAGUUUAAAGAAAUCAUACAUCUUCAUUCUUUCAGUGCCAAAUUAUGACUCUGGCAGCCCAGAUAUUUAACUUUGUAAUGCUAAUCCAUUUUUUACGAGGAUAUGGUUGUUCGAGAUCAAGGGAACAACAGAUUCCUCCA